GUGUCUUGUACAAGGCGGUGGGAAACUGAACGUAAACAAACAACAGCUGAUCCGCUGAUCACCCCAGCAGCAGGUUUACGGUCAGGCGUUGUAUCCUGGUCUGGUUAUACGUUUUUCUUUGCCUGAAAAGUCGCCGUCAUGUCUUUCAGAGACGAAAGUUUUGGUGAUGAGCAUCCUCGCAAUCUUAUACCAGAACUUUCUCGUCUAUUUUAUGACCUGGGAUGGGUGACUGGAACGGGUGGUGGCAUUACUAUUAAAGAAGGAAACGAAAUUUAUAUUGCUCCCUCUGGAGUCCAAAAGGAACGGAUAAUGCCAGAUGACUUGUUUGUACAAGACAUUAAUGGUAAAGAUAUUCAUCUACCCCCAGUAGAGAAGAAACUCAAGAAGAGCCAAUGCACUCCACUGUUCAUGUGUGCCUAUACAAAAAGAGGUGCAGGAGCAGUGAUCCAUACUCACUCCAAAUCUGCUGUUAUGGCCACUUUACUAUACCCAGGCAAAGAAUUUUUUAUAACACAUCAGGAAAUGAUAAAAGGUAUACUGAACCAGAAGUUAGGAAGGAACUAUAUGUAUGAUGAAAUGCUGGUUGUGCCCAUUAUUGAGAAUACUCCUUUUGAAAAAGACUUAGAAAGUAGUUUGGCAAAGGUCUUGGAAGAGUACCCUGAAACCACUGCAGUGUUGGUUCGCAGACAUGGUGUAUAUGUUUGGGGCAACAGCUGGCAACAUGCCAAAACAAUGACCGAGUGCUACGAUUACCUAUUUGAUAUUGCAGUUCAAAUGAAGUUGCAUGGGCUUGAUCCAUCCCAAACUCCAAUGGAAUAUGAGCUGAAGUUACAAGAAAAUAAUGGAGGUUGCAGUCAGGUGCCAACAAAGAAACAAAGACUACUUGAGUAAAAUAUAUUAAUUAUCCUUGAUGCUGAUAAAAACUCCAAAACAUUUCCAUAGUAGAGUAAAAGAUACAUGUCGUGCAGUAAAUUCAAUGUCAGUAAACUCAUCCUGUAGUUGUUAAAGCCAAUCUGAAUGCCAGUUCAAUUAAGUUUUGUGGAGCAGAAUCUUCAUAGCAGACAUAAACCUCUUUUGGAGAUGGCAUGAAGAAAAGACGCCUGGAAAAGUGUACUCAUGGUCACCAUGUGUCUUCUAAUUAAAAUCAUAUAUUUUUCUAUUUAA